GACUGCUAUAAAGGUGAAGCAGUGAGGAGGAUGUGGGCUAUAAAGGCUCAAAUAUAGCUUUAACCUAAUAAGCAACAGGACAGGCGAGGCAGACAGGUUCACUCAGAAGAUUCAGUCAGGCGGACAGAGCCUUUUGAAGAAACAACCACGCUUUAGAGGUGUAAGGAGAACUUGGUGUUGGAAAGCAGCGGUUUUAUUAUUUUCAUUUUAUAAACAAGACUUCCGUGCUUUGUCAGAUUAUAUAGACCAUUAGUGGGGUUUUGAGACGCUUUCAGAGUUGUUACUUGGAGAGGUUGAAGCAUCAGUGUCAAAAUGUGUUCAGGCGGCUUUGCCAAGUGUCUGGGGAUCAGUCUGAUGCCUCUGUCGAUUCUGUGUGUGCUGUGUAACAUCCUGCUCUUCUUCCCCGGCGGGAUAUCUGUGGAGAGUGAACACAUCACAGACCUAGUCUGGUACUGUGGAGGCAUUCUGGGAUCUGGAGUGUUGAUGAUCUUCCCGGCUCUGGUUUUCCUGGGUCUGAAGAACAAUGACUGCUGCGGUUGCUGUGGCAACGAAAGCUGUGGUCGAAGAUUUGCAAUGCUGAGUUCCAUACUGUUUGCAGCUGUGGGUGUCGCGGGGGCUGGUUACUCAGUGAUCAUUUCUGCUGUGGCCAUAAACCACGGACCUGAGUGUGUGGUUAACAUUAACGGCACAGACAAGCAAUGGGGCUAUCCCUUCUUAAAUGGUGACUUCUCCCUGUCUGACAAAGAUGCCUGGUCGACGGCUUGUCUGGAGCCGGCCCGCGUGGUGUCCUGGCAUCUCUCUCUGUUCUCUGUGCUGCUGGUCAUGGGUUUGAUCCAGAUGGCACUGUGUGCUGUGCAGGUGGUAAACGGCCUGCUGGGAUGUCUGUGUGGCAACUGCUGUGGGGGGAGCGAUGGAGCCGUCUGAGCACUUCCUCCAGCUGUGAGAGUCAGCAGUCAGCGGCCUCUUGUAUUUAUUCUGGAUGACAGUGGUUUCUUGCUUCAUGCCAUAGCUCUAAGUUUUUGCAUAAGAGUUCAUUGAUUACAUUGUAUAACAACACUGGUGAAAUGACAGAGCUCUAAUUUAAAGGGUUAACAAUUAACUCUCUAGCAAACAUUGAUGACAGUUUCUUUUCAUUAUUUAAUCUGAAUGGGCAUUUAUGGAGCUAACUAAUUUACAACACUACUGUACCUAAUGAUUUUCCUCCUGCUAUAUAUUUUUUUAUUAGUUUUUGCCCAUUUAGCUAAGUCAGUAAAUAAAGUUCCUAUUGUUGUAUGUAAAGCAUAAAACAGGAUACAAUUGUUUUAAAUGUUGUUGUUUUUCUUCAAGUCAAAUUUAAACAAAGGCAGCAACCUGUCAGAAAACAACCUUUUGGAAAAAUAGAUGUUGCGUGACUGCCCCCUGCUGGGCAUUUUGUUGUUGUAAGCACGAGUCUGAUAGGGGUUAAAAGGUCAUAGAGAUGAGUAUCUACACUACAGCAUCAAUAAAAUCUUACAUCUUACUGAC